AAAAUUCCGUGUAAAAACACGGAACUUGAAAAGGGUACCUCGCUCAAGGGUAACACCUCCCGAAGAAAAUGGUAUUUGCUUGCCCCCGACUGCCCUAGCCAUUGAGCAGAGACCUUCUCUUGGCGUCUACGAGCCUUCUCACAAAGGUAAAGAGGGCCACCUUUUCAGAGAUUCCAAGAAGGAAAGCUAAAUGUUGGAGAACAGCCUCCUCCCAUCCCUCUAUAAGUUAGGGUUUCAUGGCUAUGGAGAGGGAUACACAAAGAAAAACUAAAGAGUUCUCAAUAGUUUUGGAAAAGCUCGGCUCUUUGCUAUUUAGAAGAAGUAGAUAAUAGAAGAAGUAUAGAAACCUUUCCCAUAUAUUACUUAUUCUUUGUUCCAUGCAUUUAACUUCUCUCUAAUAAUAUUUAGCCGCUAGAGCUACACAAAACUCUCUCUCUUACAGGCGUGCAGUCCAUGCUCCUUCCUUCUCUUUUCUACCCUUCUGUUGGAGCACCCACAAGCAAACAAACUGGUGGGGGUUCAGGGCCAUAAAGCCAAAGGGAGCUCUCUCUCUUUCUCUCUGUUAAAUGUUCUUCGCUUUCUCUCCCUUUAAAAACAAUCGACUAAAACUCUCUUCUUUCAUGUCUUCCUUGGUUUCUCCUCUUCGUCAUGAAGCUGGGCUCCAAACCCUAAAACUUUCUUGCCUUAUCGACAAUCCUUCUCUCUCUCAGAUAAGUUUUGGUCACUCCCAACAAAGGCUGCAUCCUUGGUUUCUUCGUGGUUUCUAUGCCUUCUUUAUCCCCAUCAAUGGAUAAUUCAAAGGUUUUGGUAUUUGGGUCAUUCAGUGAAGAUGAAAUGAGGUUAUUUCAGAAGAAAUCUCUUGAUCAUGCUGUAGGUCCUGAAAACAAUAAACAAAUCCAGUUUGGCUCCUUGGAUUAUUCAAGUGUCUGUUCUUUUGGGACCCUUACAAUUGACCCUCAGCAGAGUGAUCCCACAAGAGAUAUAAAACGAGUAGAACCAUCCAACUUAGUGACAAAUACCAGAACAUUUGAAAAUGGAAAACACAAGCUAGUUGAUAAUUCAAUAAAAAAAGGAGAAAAUAUCCAAGCAAAUGGGAGCUCCAAGGCUCACAUUCAUGGAUUUCCCACUGCUGAUGGGGAAAUAUCUAAGAAAAGCAAUAACAAAUCGAUAUUACAAAAUAGAUCUGGCUUUCCAAAUGCAAAUUCAACUUUUUCAUCGGAAGAAAAGGCUAGCAGUUCUGUUUUGGAUUAUAGCCAUGGUGCACAGCUUUCAGUUCUUGAGAAAGCAGUUUCAACUGACAUGACUCAUAAUAAAUUGGCUUCGCAAGGGAGCAUCAUGAAGAGUUCUAAUGGUGAGACUGUUGAAACUGUAUCAAAAAGAUCCCAAGUCCCUGUAAAAGGUCACAUGACUUCUGAAGUCUCUGAUCUGGAUCAUUCUAUCUCAGCUGGAGAGAAUAGACAUGAAUCUGGGAUGCAGGUGGCGAAUGAAGCAGGCGAAAUGGCUAGCCUUGAUGGGAAUUUUCAGCAUGGUAUUGAGGAUGGAAAAUCAAAGAAUGGGGAUUGUUUGGCAAUAGGUAACACCAUUCAGGAGAUAUCCUUUAAGGGGGAUCCCUGCAAAUUAAUGUGUGAGCCUGGGGCAGCUAUGAAAUAUCUGCAACGUCGUGGUCUGCUCAACAUGGGGAACUUAUGCUUUCUAAAUGCAACACUGCAGGCACUUCUUUCCUGCUCUCACUUUGUUCAGCUUCUGCAGUUGCUGAAAACUCGCAAUUUUCCCAAGGUCGGAUAUCCAACAUUACAUGCUUUCAUUGAUUUUAUCUCUGAAUUUGACAUGCCUGCUGACUCAAGUUUUAAGAAAAAUGAAAAGAUGCUUGAGGCUGGAAGGCCUUUCUGCCCCGCUAUGUUUGAGCCCGUUCUGAAAAAGUUCACUCCAGAUGUGCCACCUAGCAUAUCUGGCAGGUCGAGACAAGAAGAUGCUCAGGAGUUUCUGAGUUUUGUGAUGGAUCAGAUGCACGAUGAGUUAUUAAGAAUUGAAGGAACCCCGUCACUUUCAAAUGGAAGUAAAUUGUCGUUGAUUUCUUGUUCAGAAGAUGAUGUUUGGGAAACUGUUGGGCCAAAGAAUAAAACUGCAGUUACAAGAACACAAAGUUUUGUUCCUUCAGAAUUGAGUGAGAUAUUUGGAGGACAGUUGAGAAGUGUUGUCAAAGCAAGAGGAAACAAGGCUUCAGCAACUGUUCAGCCGUUCCUCUUACUGCACUUGGACAUUUUCCCUGAAUCAGUUCAUACUAUUGAAGAUGCACUUCAUCUUUUUUCUGCCCCUGAAUCACUUGAAGGUUACAGACCAUCUGCAGGGAAGGCAGGAGUGGUGAGUGCGAGCAAAUCCGUCAAGAUACAAACACUGUCUAAGAUUAUGAUACUGCACUUGAUGCGUUUCAGCUAUGGAAGCACGGGCAGCACCAAAUUGCACAAGCCUGUCCGCUUUCCUCUCGAAUUAGUUCUUGGCCGGGAGUUGCUCGUAACCCCAACCACAGAGGGUCGAAGAUAUGAGCUGGUCGCGACAAUCACUCAUCAAGGGAGGGAACCGUCCAAGGGCCACUACACAGCGAAUGCCAGGCAUCACACCGGCCAGUGGCUUCGCUAUGACGAUGCGUCUGUCACCUUUGUGCCCGUCAACAAGGUAUUGCAUGACCAGGCCUAUAUGCUCUUUUAUAGGCAGCUCUAACUUACUUUGAUGCCCACUUAUGGGCCGCACUCACCCUGUCAGCACAUUAUUCGAAGAUUCCAACUUCAACGGAAGGGGAUUGAGCAAAAAUUUUGUUAUAGAAGGAGAUGGCACAUGGUUUUUGGGUCUUUGUACAUGUAUGUUUCCGAGGAUGCAAUGUGAUUUUUCUUUUCUUUUUCCCUUUUUUUUUUUAAUUUAAUGUCUUUGCAAUUGCUAUGCGUUACUCCUGGGAUUUUCCUUUUUAUAAAAUGAUGAAAAAGUUGCCA